AUGUUUUUUUGUUUUUCAGGCCGACCAGCUCCAGAUGUUCAAUGGAUUGAUAAUCAUGGAAAAGUUAUUGAGGAAUCCAGAAAAAUGAAGGUAAGUUCGGGAAAAAAGGAUUUUACGCUUAUUAGGUUUGGAGUUUGAAUUAUUUAUGAGAAAAACAGACAUUUCGUAAAAAAGUACAAACAAUUUCAAAUUUUCGGGAGGGAGGGGGUAAAUUUUCCCAGGUAUAAAAAUAUGCUAAAAAUGAUCAGAAUUUCUAAAUCACUAAAAGAAAAUUUUUACAGUAGAUCUAAAUUUGCGCUUAACUGAGUUACAUUUUUCGAUGACCCGAUUCAAGGCAAAAUUUGAAUCGGAUCCCGAGUUUUUUUCAGGAAAACUUCUGAUUUUAACCUAAAAAAUCAGUCAAUUUUUUUUGGAAAAUAAUUCAUCUAGAAAAUUUUUUUUUUGUUUCAGACAGAUGUUUGGUUUUCAGAACAAAUAUGAUUAUUCAAGUUUGAAAUCAGAUCAGAUUUACUUUCAAAAAACGUUUGUGAAUAGUUUGUACCAAAACACAAAAAAUACACAUAAAUCUCAUCCACAGAAAAAACCCACGGCACCGUUAUAAAACCAAAAAACAAAGAAAUGAGCUAAGAAAAAAUACGAAAUUUAGUGGAAAUUUAUGGAGUGCUUUAUGGUCCGAAGAAAAAUUGAAGAAGCGUGACAUUCUCGUAUAUAUUUUAUUCAAAGAUGAAUUAAUAUACAACUUUCGUGAAAAAAAUAAACUUUUUGGCAGAAAAAAAAGUUAAUUAAUUUUGUUUAUAUACUGAAAAUUGAGGAAAUGGAUAAUUGGAAGAGAAAAAAUAUGAGUGAAAGUACACAUGACGUUUUUUUUUUUUGAAAAUGCAAAAAAAGUUCUUUCAGCUGUUUUUUUUUCAGAAUAUAGAUUUCUCAACAAAGAAUAAAGAGAAAUGAAGAAAAUGGAAACAUUUCUAACUAAUUGAAUUAUUUCGGAAUUCAACUUCAGCUGCUCUCCAAAAAUAUGUAUUGAGAAAAAUUAAUUUUUUUAUAUGUAUUCGGGAAAUUGAGAAAAAAAAUUUAGAGCAAAGAAAAAUGGGUCAGAAAUGAUUUUGAAGAAGAAAGUCUCAAUGUCAGAAAUAUAAUUUUCAGAUCGAAAAAAGUCAACUAAACACAGUACUCACAAUAAACUUCAAUCGAAUCUGAACAUCAAGGAGAAUUCGCAUUGAAAAUAAAAAAUCGAUGUGGAGAAGAUCGAUAUGCAAUUGGUUUACAGGUUAGUUUUCAUCAUUUUUUCCCGUAAAGAAAAACAGAACAGUUCAACAAAAAAGUCCAAAGUUUUUGAAAAAUGAUUGAGUUAGUUAGUGAAAUUCAAUACCACCACUAUAACCACCACAUACACCAAACACUAAUUAUGCAUAAUUUUUUCUUGAUCCCGACCGAAAAAAAACUCACAAUCCACCUCCACCAUUGUUUACCAUCGAAUUGUUUCCCUGGAAAUAUUUAUGAGAUUUUGCGAUUUUUCCUGGUUAAUGAUCCCUUUCUUGGAAACUAAAAACGAAACGCAGAAAGAAAAAUUGAAUUUAUUUUUUUCUUGACAAUUUUUUGCAGUAAUGAUGUUUUUCCGGGAACAGAUUUAUCUUAGCUACUAGGCGAGUUCACAAAAUUAUUUUUGUUUUUCGAAAAACUCAAAAAAUUUCGAAAUAAAUCUAGAAAUGAAAAUAAAUUUUCAAAAAUAUUGAAACUUACAGUAGGAAUCACCAUUUUUCAUGAAUGAAAAAUAUAUAGAACCAGAAUUUUUCCGAGAAUAAAAAAAAGUUUGUCGUUCGGCACUCGAAAAAAAUAAGAAAUAUCUAGAUAGAUUGGAUAGAUUGGAGUCUUCUUCAGGGUGUGACACAAAUUUUAUUUAAUUUUGUUCCAUCGACUCGAGAAAAAAACGGCGCACAGAAAAAAAACUUGGAACUUUUUUUGCCAUCUCUGUUGCUUCUCUGUUGGUUUCUGUGGGUGGAGCCUAGUUUUUUUGUGUUGAAAAAAUGAGAGUGUGGAUUCCAUUAGACACAAAUUUCAGUGUGCCGAAAACAAAAAACAACAGAAAAUAGAUUUUGAUGAAGUGAGGUGGAAACAAUCCUAUUUUUAUGAAUAAUAUAUUUUCAGGUGACCGAUAGACCAGCUCCGCCAGGUAAACCAGCUGUUGAAGAUCAAAAUGUGGAUUCAGUUAGAUUACGAUGGGCUGCGCCAACAAAUGAUGGUGGUUCACCAGUCAGAAAUUAUACUGUCGAAAUGUGCACUGAAAAAGGAUAACAAAUGGGUGAAAGCAGAAGUGACUAAACAAGCUUUUGUCACAUUGUUCAACUUAGUUGCCGGAGAGAAAUAUACCUUCCGAGUUCGGGCAGAUAACACUUUUGGAUUAUCCGAACCAUCAGAAGAAUCUGAACAAGUUUAUGUAAAAGAUGUUAGCCGAGUUGUUGAAGAACCAAAGAAAAAAGAGCAUAAAGUUCGAGAACAAGAAUCUGUUGAUUAUGAAAAAGCUGCCAAAGAUAGUGGAGUCACUGAAUAUAAAGAAAUUGAUAUUCAUCGUUUGCCAAAUGAUCUUCAAGCAAAAUAUAUAAUUCAUGAAGAACUUGGGAAAGGAGCUUAUGGAACUGUUUAUCGAGCCACUGAAAGAGCAACUGGUAAAACAUGGGCCGCAAAAAUGGUGCAAGUUAGACCAGGAGUCAAAAAAGAAAAUGUUAUUCAUGAAAUCGCAAUUAUGAAUCAACUUCAUCAUGAUAAAUUGUUGAAUUUGCAUGAAGCAUUUGAUAUGGGAAAUGAGAUGGUUCUAAUUGAAGAAUUGUAAGUUAAACGUGAACUUUUACGUGGAAAAUUUAGAAAUCAUUUCAUUGAAAACCUCUUCAAUUUUUCAGCGUCUCCGGUGGAGAACUGUUCGAAAAAAUCUUAGAAGACGAUUCUUUGAUGAGCGAGGAAGAAGUUCGUGAUUAUAUGCAUCAAAUCUUGCUAGGUGUUCAACAUAUGCACAAAAAUCAAAUUGUCCAUCUCGAUCUCAAACCAGAAAACAUUUUGCUCAAAGCCAAAAAUUCCACCGAACUCAAGAUUAUCGAUUUCGGUUUGGCUAGAAAAUUAGAUCCAAAGAAAAGCGUGAAACUGCUUUUCGGAACUCCAGAGUUUUGCGCUCCAGAAGUUGUCAAUUAUCAACCAGUUGGACUAUCAACUGAUAUGUGGACAAUUGGUGUUAUCUCCUAUGUUUUGUUAGUUUUUUUGAACCACAUGUUUAAAUAAAUAGAAAAUCAAUGUUUUGUAGGUUAUCUGGAUUGUCACCAUUCCUUGGAGAUAAUGAUGAAGAUACUUUGGCAAAUGUUUCCGCAGCAGAUUGGGAUUUCGAUGAUCCAAGUUGGGAUGAUGUUAGUGAUCUUGCAAAAGAUUUCAUUUGUCGACUUAUGAUCAAAGAUAAGAGAAAGAGAAUGUCUGUUCAAGAUGCAUUGAGACAUCCAUGGAUUACUGUAAGUGUUAUUAAUUUUUGUUUGUAUGUUGUUAUGUGUUUGUGUUUAUAGGGUCCGUUAUUGUCUGCAUUCAAUGAUUUGUCUGAAUAUGUUAAGGUGUGUUUGUUAUUUAUGUUAUUUUUCAGUUUAUGCAAACACCUUUUCUAUGAAAUUUCCUUCUAAAACUCUUUUUUAUUUUCAGAAAAUGCAACCAAAAACAACUGCAUUGCCAGCUAGACAAAAACGAAACUUCCUUUCCCUCAAAAGAUGGUCUGAUGAUUUAUUGCCAAUUGGAAGACUUGCCAAACGAGGAGCUAUCUUUAGAAGACUCACAAUGGAUGGAGUAUUCGAAAGAAAUAUUGCAUUUGAUACAGAUACUCCACCAAGUAUCAAGAAACAACUCGAAGAUAUUGUUGCAAAUGUUGGAGAUCUUAUUGCAACAUUAUCUUGUGAUUUGGAAGGAAAUCCAAGUCCGAAAAUAACUUGGUACAAAGAUGACAAAGAAUUGCAAGUUCCAUCGAUGAAAUACGACUCAUUCUAUAAUGAAGGUUUGGCUGAACUGACAGUGAAAAAUAUCGAAGAGACUGAUGCUGGAAAAUAUACUUGUCGAGCCACAAAUGAUUUGGGAAGUAUUAUGACACAUGCAAGAUUAUCUGUUGAAGCAUCGAAAUUGAAAACAAUUCCCAAGAAAUCUGAAACUUCACCAGCAACAAUGGAAGCAAAGAAAAGAAAAACAUCCAAAAUUGUUGCGAUUGAAGAACAAACUAUUGAUAUGCCACCAAACUUCCAUCACAAACUAAGUGAUGAUGAAGCCAAAAUUGGUGAACCAAAGAUUCUGGUUGUUACAAAUACAACACUUCCGGAACCAGUUGUUGAAUGGUAUCAUAAUGGAGAACAUAUUAUUGCCAGUGAUGUCAAUUAUAUGAGAAAACAUGAUAUGGGAAGAUAUGAAUUGCAUAUUUUGAGUGUUGAUUCAACUGAUGAAGGAAUAUGGAAAGCUGUUGGUAAAAAUGCUUAUGGUGAAUGUGAAAGUGAAGGAUUCUUGAAAGUUGUUAUACCAGAUGGACAAUUUGCACCAAACUUUGGAAAACAAUUGAGUGAUGUGAAAUGUUCAGAAAGUGAUAUUCUGAAGUUGGAAGUCAAUAUCAAAGCUAAUCCAGCUCCAGAAAUCAAUUGGUUCAAGAAUGAAAUUGAAAUUGAGCAUUCAACAAGACAUCGACUACAAUUUGAUGAUGGAAGUGGUAAUUAUUCAUUGACAAUUAUUGAUGCGUAUGCAGAAGAUAGUGGGGAAUAUAAAUGUGUUGCGAAAAACAAAAUCGGAAAGGCACAUACUCUUUGUUGUGUUCGAAUUGAAGAACUGCUUUCAAAGAGAAGUAAAAAGAUCGACAAGAAUAAGGCUCCACGAUUCCGAAUGCAACUUCCAACACCAAGAGAAGUUCCACAAGGAAGUGAUUUGACAUUAGUUUGUUCAGUUUCUGGAACACCACAUCCAAAUAUCAAAUGGAUGAAAGAUGAUCAACCAGUUGAUAUGAGCAAUAAACAAAUUAGACAUGAAAAUGGAGUUUGUACACUUCAUAUUAUUUCAGCAAGAGAAGAAGAUCAAGGAAAAUAUAUUUGUGAGGCUGAAAAUAUUCAUGGAGUUGCACAAUCAUUCUCUGUUGUUGAAAUCAAAGAAGCAAUCAAUAAAGAUCAUCAAAAACCAAAGUUUGUCGAACCAUUGGUAAAUUGCUCAACUUGUGAAGGAAAUGAAAUUGUACUGGAAUGCUGUGUAACUGGAAAACCAAUACCAACAAUCACAUGGUACAAAGAUGGACUGAAAUUGAUUAUUGAAAAUCGUAUGCUCCAAUAUACUGAUAGAAAAGGAGUUUCAAGAUUGAAUAUCAUGAAUGUUAUGAUUGAUGAUGCUGGAGAAUACACUUGUGAAGCUGUUAAUAAUCUUGGAAAAGAUUUCACUCAUUGUUCAGUCAAAGUUGUUGAUAUGGGAUUGACAAAAACGCGGUUGACACCAGUAAGAAGUCGAAGCAGAUCAAGAUCAAGAAGUCCAUCAGUUCUUGGAGGAGAUAUUCAAAGACCACCAGUUGUAACAAGACCAUUAGCUGAUGCAACGGUUGUUGAAGGAAACCGUGAAUUACUUGAAGUUGAAGUUGAUGGAUUCCCAGUUCCAACAAUUGAAUGGUAUCAUGAUGGAAAACUUGUUGCAGAAAGUCGAACAUUGAGAACAUAUUUCGAUGGAAGAGUUGCGUUCUUGAAAAUCUAUGAAGCUCACGAAGAACAUAAUGGAGAAUAUGUUUGUAAAUUGAGCAACAAAAUAGGAAGUGUUGAGACAAGAGCUAUUUUGAUUGUUGAGAAUUCGAAUGAUGAUCAUGCUGAACAUAUCACUCAAAUGCCAACAUUUGUCAAGAAAUUGCAAGAUGUGGAAUUGAAAAAAUCAGGAGAAUCAGCUACUUUUACUUGUCAAUCUUAUGCUAAUCCAGCUCCACAAAUAGUUUGGCUUCACAACGGAAAAGCUCUUCAUGAAAAGAGUAAUUAUAAAACAAGAUUAUUCGAUGAUAAUACUGCUACAUUGAUUAUUGAAAAUGUUACCGAAGAAAUGUGUGGAACAUACACCGCCGUUGCUAACAAUCAAUUCGGAGAUGUUCACACAUCAGCUCAAUUAUCGAUAGCAGGAAAAACAUCGAAAGCACCAUUAGCAUCUCUUCCAUAUUUUAUUGUUGAACCAAAGCCAAAAAUAUCAGUAGCAGAAGGAUCUACUUUGUCAAUUUCUGCUGAUUUGAAUGGAUCACCUGCUCCAGAAGUUACAUGGUUGAAAGAUAAUCAAGAACUCGAAGAGAAUCAAAGAAUUCAAUUCAAAAAUGAUGGAUUGACAUAUCAGUUGAUCGUUCAAAAUGUUGCAUUAGAAGAUGAAGGAACUUACACAAUUGCCGCUGAAAACAAACAAGGAAAAGUUCGUGAAAACAGUGAAGUCAGUGUUGUGAAAAAAUCAGAUGGAGCAAAGAAACCAAAAGUUAAAGUCGACGAAGAAGAGAAAAGCAAGAAGAAAUCGAAAAAACCACCAGGUUUACCAAAAGCUGUUAAUGUCAAAACAGAUCGUGUGACAAUUGCUUGGGAAACAGCACCAUCAGAAGAUGACCAACAAGAUCAAAUCGUUGAAAGACGAAAUCCGGAUCAAAGAAAUUGGACAAAAUGUGGAACACUCAAAUCAAAACCACUUGAAGUCACUGGACUUUCUCCAAACACAGAAUACAUUUUCCGUGUUGGUCAAUCUGAUGAAAUUGUUGUCAAAACUGAAGCCAGUGGAACAGCUCCACAAUUCACUUCUAUUCCCGACUCCAAGAUAACUGCAAAUCGUGACGAUGAUUUCGAAAUUCAUGCUGAAUUCAUCGGAACACCUGCACCAUCUGUUAAAUGGUAUAAGGAAAAUCUUCAGAUUCAAACAACCGAUAAUAUCACAAUUCAAAAUGAUUCAACAGGAUCGACUUUAUUGUUAAAAAAUCAAGAAGAAGAUGCAAUUUACACCUGUCAAAUUGAAAAUGAACUUGGACAAGCAACAACAUCAUGCCAAGUUAACAUUUUCAAUCGACCACCAUCCUUGAGAACAACUCCUGAUCAUACUCUCGAGAAAAAUAUUGUUCCAGUUGUCAAUAAACCGUUAACAAGUGUGACAUCACAAGCUGGACAACAAAUUGUUUUGAAUUGUCGAAUUACUUCAAGAUCAGAAUCUACUGUUGCAUGGUUCAAAGAUGAUGAAAGAAUCGAUUCAACUGGAAGAUUUGAACUGACAAGUGACAAAAAGUCGAAUCAUAAACUAGUAUCUCACAGUGUAAACGAAAAUGAUUCUGGAAAAUAUCGAUGUGUUGUCACAAACAAUUACGGAUUUGCGGAAACUGAAUGUAUUGUAACCGUUGAAGAUGCUACCAAAUUCAUUGCACCAGUUGUAUUGUCUCCACUUCAAGAUUCAACAGCAAUUAUUGGACAUGGUCUUAUUUUGGAAUGUAAAUUCGAUGGAUUCCCAAUUCCAGAAUUUACAUGGACUAAAGAUGGAGAACGUGUAUCAACAACUCGAAGAAUCAGACAAUCGCAAGACAACGGUAUUUGUAAACUAUCGAUUCUUAAUUGUGAAUCGGAAGAUACAGGAGUAUAUGUCUGUUCAGCUUCGAAUGUUGCUGGAGUUGAUUCAACAUCAAGCAUGAUAAUGAUUGCCAAAACCAGUGGAAGUGAUUCACAUCUUGUGGUAGCACAUCCGAUUGAAGAAAAAUCAGAAAAACCAAGAUUCAUUCGAGCUCCUCCAUCAUUAAUUGAAGUGAAUGAGGGUGGUCAAUUCACAUUGGUUGCAAAAGCUGUUGGAGAACCAAAACCAAAUGUUACAUGGUUGAAAGAUGGACGAGAAAUUUUGAGAACAAAUAGAAUCUACAAACAUUUCGUAACUGGAGAUGGAGAAAGCCAUUUGACUGCUGAAUGUGUUGUAUCCAAAACAUCUGGAAUAUUCAGUUGUAGAGCUGUCAAUAUUAAUGGAGAAGAAGUUGUUGCUGAAACUCAAGUUAUCGUGCAACGUAAAAAGUCAACACACGAAUCAUCAAAUGUUGCACCAAAAUUCACUCAAACUUUAAUAGAUAUGGGAAUUGUUAAUGGACAUCCAGUAACUUUGAGUUGCAAUGUUACAGGAAAUCCAGAACCAAAACUCGAAUGGAUUUAUACUGAUGACACUGGAAAUAAAACAAAUCUAACAAGUGGAAGAACAAGUUGGAUCGAGUGUCGAUUCGGACAAGUUGCUGAAUUGAAAUCAGAAAGAGUUUUGAGAGAUCAACGUGGCACUUAUCAAUGUAUUGCCACAAAUUCAUCAGGUCAAGCAUCCACUCAAUGCUACCUUUUGGUUGGAGAACUAUCAGACCAACCAGCCGGUCCACCAAGAUUCGUCAAAUGUCUCCAAGAUAUUUGGACACCACUUACUGAGAAAAUCGAAUUUUCUGUGGAACUGGCCGGAUACCCAACACCAGAUCUUGUUUGGUAUCACAAUGAUCAAAAAGUUGUCGAAGGUCGCGAUGUUCACAUCGAAUUUCCGACUGACACAACUAGCAAAUUGACAAUCACAUCAGUCAGUUUGAAACAUCUCGGAAUGUAUUAUGUCGAAGCAUCGAAUAUCCACGGUGUGCUGCGAACCGCUGGACGUUUGAAUGUCGGAGAAGCAAGACAUGCCGAACCACCACAAUUCAAACACUCGCUUGAACCAGUGCUAACUGUUCAACCAAAAGUUGCUUUCUCAGAACAGGUAAGAUUUCAAUUGUGAAAAUGUUUAGUAAGUGAAAACAAAACUUGGUUUACAGAUCACCAAAUCUCCAUCGGCUGCAAAAAUGGAACAUAGGAAGAAAGGAGCUGCGCCCCAAUUCCUUCAAGGUUUGGAAGAUAUGGAUUUGAAAGCUGGCGCAUCAGCUGCGGUUGCCGGUAAACUCGGAAGGAAGCUGCGUCCUCAUCGAAGUACUGCAACUGCUAAAAAUGAUGCUGAAAGACUAGCAAAAGCAUUGGCGAGUAGUUUGAAACUUGAAGACCCGAUGUCACCAACACCUCGACCAUCAACGGAGAGUCGACCAGAAAGUUCUGCUGCUCUCGAUGAAGUUCGAGCUGCAAUCAGUUCAAGAAACAAACGGGUUUGUCGACCAAAGUUUAUGGUCAAACCAAAAUCGAAAAAGGUAAAUUUAAAAUACCAGUAGCCUAAAAUCACUUCAAUUUUUCUAGAUUUUGGAAGAAUAUAAAUCUCUCCGAUUGAAAACAGCUAUCUCAGGUAAUCCAAUACCACAAGUUCAUUGGGACAAGGCUGGAGUUAUUUUGGAGACCGGUAACAAAUAUUCGAUUUAUAAUGAUGGAGACUUUUAUUAUUUGGAAGUUCAUCAUGUCUCAAUGUAUGAUCGUGGAUUCUACAAUUGUACUGCUGCGAACAAUGAAGGAAUUGUCACAUGUACAUCAGAGGUAAAUUUAGCUUCUCAUUUUGACAAAACCACAUUAAUUUUCUAGAUUGAUAUUCUUCCAAACAAAGAAGAUUCUGCCGCACAAAUGGCGAAACGAAAAAGUCGGAAAAGAAUCCAAAGCACCAACUUUCAUUGAAGUCCUGCCUGGAAAACAACAAACAUCAAUAAACGAAUCAAUAAGUGUUGAAUGUUCAAUCAAUGCUUAUCCAUGUGCAAGUAUUCAGUGGUCCCGUAAUUCUGUGCCACUUUUACCACAAGCCGAUCGAUAUAUCAUGUCAUAUGAUGGAGAAUGUGCAACACUUAAGAUUUGUUCCGUAUCUGCUGCUGAUGAAGGAACUUAUACAUGUGAAGCUGUUAACGAACACGGUAAAGCAACAUCAAAUGUAAGUUAGCGUCAGCGGAGUAUUGAUAUGCAAAAUUACCUGUCAUUCAGAUGAACUUGGAAAUUGCUGGAGGAUCUUCCCAAAAUGCUGCUGAUGGAACUCCUCCACUUUUCCGUUUUGAGCGCAUAAAAUCAGUGCGAAAAGUAUUGGACGGAAGUCGCGUUGAAUUGGCUGCUGAACUCAUACAGGCAUCCGAACCAAUACAAAUCAGAUGGUUGAGAAAUCGUGUCACGAUCGUUGAUUCGCCAUCGUUCAGCUAUUCGAGAUCACAGAAAAUGGUAAAUCAUCUUUAACAUUGAACUUUAGAUGAAAUUUAUACCUUUCAGGUAUUCUUGACCAUCGCUGACGUUUUCCCAGAAGACGGUGGCGAGUACACGGUUGAGGCGAAAAACCAAUUUGGAAUAGCAAAGUGUACAAUGCAACUCGAUGUUAGAAGUGAGUUAUGAAAUUUCAGAAGAUUACUCAACAAAACAAUAAUACUUAAAGGUAACGAACGAUCGGUUGCUGAUGAAGCACCGCGUGUCUUUGACUACGAGCCAACAUGCCGUGCAGAUCCUGGAGCUACAUGUGAACUUCGCGCGAAAAUCAUCGGACAUCCAGAUCCGGUCAUCACUUGGACUCGUUCCAACGGUGAAAAAUUACAAAACGAGGAUCGAUAUGCGAUGCGUAACGAGGGUGACACUUUCAUCCUACGAAUUUCCGAUGUUUCCCGUUCUGAUGCUGGAAAAUAUCAAUUGACUGCGCUGAAUGCAUCAGGACAAGCAACUGCUGAAAUUGAACUCAAUGUUGUUAGAUCAACAAAGUAAGUUUUAGAGAAAAGCUUUUAGAGAGUUUUCCAAUGCCAUUUUCUCGAUUUAACUUUAUUUUUAAGAACUCACGGCGAGAAACCGCGAUUCACUGAAUCACCAAUAUCAGUGCAAACUUGCGAAAAGAACCGGGCAGAGCUGCGCGCCUCGUUCUCUGGUCAACCUGCACCACAAUGUCGUUGGUUCUUUGGUGAAACCGAAUUGAUUGAUGGUGUUGGUGGAUAUUCUAUUAACACAACAGACACAUCAAGUGUAAUCACAAUCAAUUAUGUUGACAAAAAACAUUUCGGUGAAUAUUUGUGCACAAUUCGCAAUUCAAAUGGCGAAGAACUUGCAAACGCCAUGAUUUUGUCUGAAGGUAACAUAUUUUUGUAGUUGUGAUAAAUUAUGUGAAGUCGUCCAUUUUCAGAAUUUGUGUCAAUGUUUGUCCGUAUCUUCAUUUGUCUUGUCAAUUAUGUAUGUAACUGUCAGGUACUUCUUGAAACCAAUUGUUGUUUUUCAGGCUCGUCAGCUGCGCUUCCUCAAAGAAGGACGAGUCGAAGACUGUAGAUAUGUUAUACAAAACAUAUAA